AUGAUUCCUUCAUAUCUUUCAUCGUGCGUUCCAUCAUCCCGUCAAUGUGGAUGUUCAGUGGUACAGCCUAAUACUGUCGAAUCGAAAAUUGUUGAUGGCUAUAUGGCUCGUAAUAAUUCAUGGCCAUGGAUCGUAAGUCUUCGUCGAGGCAAAGCAAACGAUCCAUCAACAGUUCCCGGUUUCAGUUUUUGUGUUGGUUCUUUAAUUAGUAGCAAAUAUGUAUUAACAGCUGCCCAUUGUUUUGCUACUGUUUCUGCGUCACAACUGCGAAAAUAUUUUGUUGUUAUUGGUGCUGUAUAUAUAAAUGAUACCAAUGAGCAGCGUUAUAAAAUAAAAACUGCUACAGUGCAUCCGAAUUACAAUGCUACAACUUAUGGCAACGAUAUUGCUCUAUUAGAAUUACAAGAUCAUGUUGAUUUUAGUGAUCCAAGAGUUGGAUUUAUUUGCUUGCCUCCAAACAGCCUAUCAACAUAUCCAAGUGAGCCACUCAUUGGCUUUGCAGUAGGUUGGGGACUUUUAACGGAAGGCGGCUUACCUUCGUAUACUCUUCAACAAGUAGAAUUACCUAUUAUAUCAGAUACAAAUAAAUUUUGUCAAAACCUUGUCGCAGAUGAUGCGGUGCAAUUUUGUGCAGGUUAUCUCAGCGGUACUAAAGAUACAUGCCAAGGUGAUAGUGGUGGUCCUUUGAUGAUUCUUGAUAAAAAUAGUGGCACGUGGAUUGCUGCGGGAAUAACAUCUUAUGGUUAUGGGUGUGCCGAAGUAGAUCGUCCGGGUGUGUACACUCGUGUAAGCAUGUAUAGAGAUUGGAUUGAUACUCACAUAAACUCUGCGCAACCUCAAUCUCGAGCGUCGACAAAAGCAGUACCUUCUGUUAUAUCAUUACUUUUUUCAUUUCUUUUAUUUCUCAAUAUAUAA